AUGUAUGUAACCGAAUUUCAGAAACGUGGACUACCACAUGUGCAUAUGCUACUCAUCUUGGAUACUGAUGACAAGUUACGGGAACCUGAAGAGUAUGAUAGUGUGGUGAAAGCAGAAAUACCACGACAUGAAUCUGAACCAGAAUUGUAUGAAGCUGUGUUAAAACACAUGAUCCACGGGUCAUGUGGAGUAUUGAAUCAAAGCUCUCCGUGUAUGAAGAAUGGUCAUUGUAAAAAAAGAUACCCAAAAGACUUUUGUGAAGAGACGCGUCAGGGAAAUGACUCAUAUCCUGAGUACAUGAGAAGGUUUAGUGAUCCCAUUUUUUUAAAUAGAAAUAAGUCUGUUGAUAAUAGAUGGGUGGUUCCUUAUAAUCCAUGGUUGUUGUUGAAGUACGAUUGUCACAUCAAUGUUGAGAUUUGCAGCAUCAUCAAAAGUAUUAAAUAUUUGUAUAAAUAUGUUUACAAAGGUCCUGAUCGAGUUGCAAUGGAGGUUCACAGAGGUACAGGUAUGGAUGAUAUUCAACAAUAUGUUGAUACAAGAUGGAUUUGUGCUCCAGAGGCAUUGUGGAAAAUAUUUAAAUUCACACUUUACAAGUUAUACCCCUCUGUUGAAAGACUACAAAUCCACUUGCCAAAUCAUCAUCAAGUGCGGUUCUAUAAGCAUCAAAGAAUCACAGAUGUACUAAAUGAUAACCAAAAUGCAGUAACCAUGCUCACUGAGUUCUUUGCACUAAACCAAAUGGAUCCAGAUGCUAGGAAUUAUUUGUACAGAGAGAUUCCAGAGCAUUAUUGUUGGCUAAAAGGGGUCAAAAAAUGGCAGCGAAGACGGACAAAACGAAAAGUUAUUGGUCGAAUCUAUACAGUAUCUCCUUCAGAAGGUGAGAAAUUUUAUUUACGUGUUUUGUUGUCUCAUUUAAGAGGUCCAACAAGCUGGGAAUGCCUUCUUACACAUAAUGGUUCAUGUUUUUUCACGUUCAAAAAAGAAGUUGAGGAUUGGGGGUUAUUAGAGAGUGACAAUAGUAUUCGUGAAUGUAUGCUUGAAGCAUCAAAUAUGCGCAUGCCAUAUGCUUUACGAAGGUUGUUUGUGACUAUAUUAAUUUUUUGUGAACCAACUGAUGUUAGAGGCCUAUUUAAUGAGUUUCAUCCCUACAUGGUGGAGGAUUAUCAAAUGACAAAUAUUGUUGUGGGAAAUAACUUUGAAGAUAUGUUAUUGAGGGAAUUGAGAGAUCUUUUGCUGCUACAUGGAAAACUAAUCAAAAACUAUGAUCUUCCAAUAUUGACAAUGGAAACAAAUGAAGUCGGGGGAGUGCCAACAAUUAUUCAAGAAGAGUUGUCGGUCCAAAUUCCAGAUGAAGACAUUCAAUCAGUUGAGAAGUUAAAUAAUGACCAGAUGAGUGCUUACAAUAUAAUUAUGAACGCCAUCCACCAAAAACAAAGUCAAUUUUUGUUGUUGAUGGUCCUGCAGGAACAGGUAAAACUUUCCUUUAUCGAACUAUAA